AUGAAGACGGAUUUCAAGUUCUCCAACCUGCUUGGGACCGUCUACUGCCAGGGCAACUUGCUAUUUAGCCCAGACGGCACCCAGCUCUACUCGCCCGUAGGCAAUCGGGUGACGGUGUUCAACCUUGUCGACAACAAGUCCUACACGCUCCCGUUCGCCCACCGCAAGAACAUUGCACGAAUCGGCCUCACGCCCAAAGGCAACCUCCUCCUCUCGAUCGACGAAGAUGGACAGGCGAUCUUGACGAACCUGCCGCGGCGCAUCGCGCUGUACCACUUUUCCUUCCGCACGUCGGCCUCGGCGCUCGCCUUCUCGCCCUCCGGGCGCUUCUUUGCCGUCGGCCUCGGCCGCAAGACUGAAGUGUGGCACGUGCCAUCGACGCCGGAUUCCAGUGCCGAUGGCGGGCUCGAAUUUGCCCCAUUUGUGCUCUACCGCACGUACGUGGGGCACUUUGACACGGUGCAGCACAUCGAGUGGUCGAGCGACUCGCGCUUCUUCCUCACAGCGUCCAAGGAUCUGACGGCACGGAUAUGGAGUCUCGAGCGGGAAGAGGGCUUCACCAACACGGCGCUGCCCGGCCACAAGCAGGCCGUUGUCGGCGCCUGGUUCUCCAAGGACCAGGAGACCAUCUUCACGGCCAGCAAAGACGGCGCGCUGUUCGAGUGGAAGUACCGGCGGCCGCUGGACAUCGAGGCCGACGCCGACGACGAUGACGAGCAGGCCGACGACGAGGCUGACUACCGCUGGCGGAUCGUGAAGCGCAACUACUUUAUGCAGAACAACACGAGCCUGCGGUGUGCGGCGUACCAUGCGGCGUCAAACCUGCUCGUGGCCGGCUUCUCGAACGGGCUCUUCUGCCUGUACGAGAUGCCCGACUUCAACAUGAUCCACACACUGAGCAUCUCGCAGAACGACAUUGACUUUGUGACGAUCAACACGUCGGGCGAGUGGCUGGCUUUUGGCGCGUCCAAGCUGGGCCAGCUGCUCGUGUGGGAGUGGCAGUCCGAGUCGUACAUCCUGAAGCAGCAGGGCCACUUCGACUCCACCAACGCGCUGGUGUACUCGCCCGACGGCCAGCGUGUCGUCACCACGGCCGACGAUGGCCGCAUCAAGGUGUGGGACGUCGAGUCGGGCUUCUGCAUCGUCACCUUUACCGAGCACACGAGCGGUGUGACGGCCUGCGAGUUUGCCCGGAAGGGCAACGUGCUCUUCACCUCCAGCCUCGACGGCUCCGUCCGGGCCUGGGAUCUGAUUCGCUUCCGCAACUUCCGCACCUUUACCGCGCCCACUCGCCUGUCCUUCUCGUGCAUGGCCGUCGACCCAAGCGGUGAGGUCGUCGCGGCUGGCUCCAUCGACUCGUUCGACAUCCACAUCUGGUCUGUCCAGACGGGCCAGCUGCUGGACCAGCUGUCCGGCCACGAGGGCCCCGUGUCUUCGCUGGCCUUUGCGCCCGAUGGCAGCGGCCUCGUGAGCGGCAGUUGGGAUCGUACUGCCCGCAUCUGGUCCGUCUUUGCUCGCACCCAGACGAGUGAGCCGCUGCAGCUGCAGGCCGACGUUGUUGACGUUGCCAUCCGCCCCGACUCGCAGCAGCUCGCUAUCGCCACCCUCGACGGUCAGCUGACCUUUUGGUCACUCUCCGAGGCCACCCAGGUGCUCGGCCUCGACGGCCGGCGUGACGUCUCGGGCGGCCGCAAGGCUUCCGACCGCCGCACUGCUGCCAACGUCUCUGGCACCAAGAGCUUCUCCAGCAUCCGCUACAGCACUGACGGUACCUGUCUGCUGGCUGCUGGCCGCAGCAAGUACAUCUGCCUCUAUGCCGUCGCCACCGGUGUGCUGCUUAAAAAGUUCACCGUCAGCGUCAACCUCUCGCUCUCCGGCACCCAGGAGUUCCUCAACAGCCGUCUGCUGACCGAGGCCGGUCCGCUUGACGAUUUGGACGAUGUCGGCGAGGCUUCGGAUCGCGAGGAUCGUCGCGACCGCUCGCUGCCCGGCUCCAAGCGUGGCGGCGACCCGUCUGCCCGCCGGCGCAAACCCGAGGUCCGAGUCUCCGGUGUGGCCUUCUCGCCCACCGGUAUGGCUUUUUGUGCCGCCUCCACCGAGGGCUUGCUCGUCUACAGCCUCGAUGCUGUCCUGCCUUUUGAUCCCUUCGACCUCAGCAUGGAGAUUACCCCGGCUGCCACGCUCGCUGUCUUGCGCAACGACCGCGACUACCUCACCGCUCUCGUCAUGGCCUUUCGCCUCAACGAGGCCAAGCUGAUCGAGCACGUCUUCCUUGCCGUGCCGCACGAGCACAUCUCGCUCGUCGUCGAUCACGUGCCCACGGUCUACGUUCCGCGUCUGCUGCGCUUCGUCGCCGCCCAAACCGAGCAGUCGCCGCACAUCGAGUUCUGUCUGCUCUGGAUCAAGGCUCUUGUCGACCGCCACGGCCCCUGGCUGACGGCCAAUCGCGGCAAGCUGGAUGUCGAGCUUCGCGUCGUCGCCCGCGCCGUCGGCCGCAUGCAGGACGAGAUCCGACGCCUCGCAGACGAGAACGUCUACACCGUCGACUACCUCCUGCACCAGGCUGCCACUUCGUCGCAGAAACUGCCUCAGAUCGAGUCGGGCGCCCUGCUGCCCCUGGUGCCAGACGGCCAAAAGCAGUCUGAGGAUCUCAAUACCCUCGUACUGCCCGCCGUCCUCGGCGACGAUGACGACGACGACGAGAGUGGCUGGAUCGGAAUGGAGUAG